AGAGUAGCAAACUAUAAAGGAAAAUAAAUGCCUACAGUUUAAAUGUUAACAUUUAUUUUUUAGGAAAGGGGCAGCUAAUAGAAGAUUAUGCCAUAGGGUUUCACAGAAGUGUCCCUAUUUUUUUGAAAAAAUACAAUUUUACCUAUUUUGCAAAUACAUUAUCUUUCGUCUUUAACCUUACACUCCAUUAUGUACAGUUAAACUAAACUCAUCAUCAUUUGAAUAAGGCAAGGUUUUAUAUCCCAGCAGUCUUUAAAAUGAAUUCAAGAGCAAACGGUUUUCAAUAGUUUGUAAUAUUGAUAUUUUUCAUUGGAAUUUAACUGAUUAAAUGUUGAUUAAACACACACACAUUAAGCAUUUCAUAACAAUAACUUAACACAAUGGCAUUUUCCCAGAUUUUUUUAUUGACACAAAGGUCACAAAUGAAUCCCACGACAGUUAAAUUUGAGCAUAGCUCUUGAGCCCACCUCGGACACUGCCUGCACCGUAUCCAGUCCCCACCGGUAACAGAGAAGAGCUCAUUUAGGGUGUUUGUUGCAAACAUGUAUUUUUCUUACCAACAUUCAGGAGGGGCAUCUUGUCCCCAACAUACUAAUCUAACAUAUUACUACUUCACUAAAAAACAAUCAACAUUUUUCUCUCUAAAAAAGUGGAAGAUUUAUCUUAAGGCUUCCCUACAUGUACAUUUAAUAAAUAAUAAUGGAUCUAACUUCCUUGGAUUAUAUCUAUAACUUUUUCUAAAUUGCAAUUGAAAUUAUAAACUUACCUCAAAAUCGUUUUGAUGGAAUUAUGGCAUUUGUAGUUGAUCUUUUUUUUUUACAUCAUGUGGUUUUUGUGAGAAUUACAGGGGGGUGGGGGCCAACCUACCCUAUGGGGCAUCUCGCCCCAUAUAACUCUAUAUUUGGACUUGUAUGUCAUGGCAGCCUUCAGUUCAGGUGUCUGCUGACUGAUCUACAAAGAACCUUGCAUUCUAAAUAACUAGCCCUACUCAUUAUUAUUUGUAAAUCAGUCAGUCAGUCACAAUUUACCAACGAUACAUUAUGGAUUUGAUCCUCUUGAACAAGGACAAAUUGUAGAAAUAAGGGUUUUAGCCAUAACUAUGGUCUUGUUCCCCUGCUCAGAUGUUGCAUGCGUCAAAAUCUUUGACUGUGUCAUCGACUGACAGAUUUCUAUAACAUAUGGUGCUUUCAUGAGCACCAAAGUUAUAGCAAACCCCUAAAAUAGCAGGGAGGGAGCAGGGAACAAAAUGUUACUCAGCCAAUAUACAGUAGUUUUAAACUACACAUGAUAGAAUGACAAAAAACAUACAGACCUCGGCUCCAUAAAUGCACCUUGAAACGGGUGUUGGCGUUUUGGGGAAGCAUGUCGUUCAGAACAAACCAUUAUGCAACGUAUCCAACGUUCAAUCGAACUGAACGCACCCAAGAUGGGGCAGGUGCCACACCCCUGCAGCCCCGCCCUGAUGGCACCUGGCGUUCAUUUAAAACCUUUCCUUGCCGCACUGGUGAAUUUACUGCGUGGCUGCAGCCAAAUAUAUCAUGUCAACAAGAGUGGAAUCCGCAUUUCAAGGUCCAUUUAUGGAGCCGAGGGGUUGGUCAAUGCCUCUUUUGUCUGGCGUUCCAGCGCUGCCCCCAGGCUUCAGGUCCAGACCACCUUCUUAUCCAAGCAGCCCUGAACCUUGGCUUCUCCCAGGAUGUAGCUCUGUGUAUGACAGUCUGGUCAGUAAUACAGCCCCAGCCAUGCCGCCCUCCCCCAUUAAUGGAGAAAGAGGACCUGCCCCUGCUAUGCAAAAGCUGCGCAGGGCCUCUAUCCUUGAGCGAUGUAUCCUUAGGAUGUCUACUGCAAGUGUUGCUGUUGGAACGGAAGACAUGGAUGGUAUCAGGAGGUCCCAGGCAGGGAUGCGUUUGGCCCCACGAAACCUGGAUCCAGCUCACAUGGAAGGCAAUGAAUCUGUUCUGAAACGACGGCAGAAACAGGUUCAGUACGGCAAGAACACCUCUGGCUACCAGAAUUACCUGGAGCAAGUUCCCAAGCGUCUGAGAAUCUCUGGGCUGCACCCAUCCACUCCAAACAAAUAUAGAAAAUACAGCCGCCGUUCCUGGGACAUGCAGGUUCGCCUUUGGCGGAGAGCUCUGCAUGCGUGGGACCCUCUGUCUGAACCGCAUGGAGAAGCUGAGGAACAAGACCCUCUUGACCAACUGCAGGGGUUGCUUGAGCAGAUGAAUUGCGAGUUAUAUGAAGACUGUAGUGGUAAAGAGCGGACCAGAGGGAUGCUGUCAAACUCCAAAGCCCCCUUCUCCUCUAAACCUGCAGUAAUGUCAUUCAACAGUCCCUGGAUGUUUCCCCAUGGAUCUCAGGUGGAUGUGUCAGGUCCUCAGGUGCCAUGCUCCCAGCCAGGCUUGGGGUACGCCUUUAGCAGUCAUCUAACAGCUGAUGAGAAUGUGGUGGGGUGGCUGAGAUUUCUCCUGGAAACUGACCACUCCCGCGAUCAACAGGCGCCCCUGCAGGGCGACCGGCUACUGUGGAGGCCAUACUGAUCAUUGCUGUCAGUCACAGCGGUAGAUCUUUUGGGUAUAUCCUAAUAGACUUGCAGGGUUGCACUGGGUGUUGUGCUGACUAUGAAAGGGAUGAUUGCUGUAAAAUAUUUACAACUUUUGGGUUCACUUUUUACACUUUGGUUAUGGUUUUGUAUUGCACAUUUUCAAACUGCUUCACUAAUCAUGUACCUACAUUGAUGUCUAUUUGGACCCACUGUAAUUUACUUUUUUUGCACUGUUUACCUUUGUCACAAUUACAUUUAGUUAUGUUAGGUUUUCACUGCCCCAUCCUCUAAAGCAGGACUAUCCUGACCUGCCUGAAUUCUGUUUUCUCUCUAAAGAGAUAAGAUGUAUUAGCUUUGUUGCGUUUGGCUCACCAGCCACAUCACCAUGUUCACCAGUCUGUGACCCAACUGACUGUCAGGCUCUAUACGGUCUCAUGCACCAUCCUCUCCUGCCUACCUAGCUGUUUUUCUAAAAACAAUUUCGAUGGGGAAAAUGCUAUCACUUUGUUUAGUAGUUUUUUAUUCUUUUUUUUCUUCUUAAUUGUCUUUUUGUACAACCUGAGUACUGAUGCAGAACGAAAUUAAUAAAGAUAUGUUCCAAAUUGAA